GCCCUGACCUGCGGCGGGGACAGCGGCGCCUGCCCCCCACCGGCCGGUCUGGUCAAUCUGCACCCAGUGGCCUCGUACCUGCUCAGCGCCCGGCACAAAGCCUUCAUGGCGGAGAAGAGCAAACCGGGCCUGCAGCAGGCCGGGGAGCGGUACCCUGUGUCCGGGAUGCAGGCCUUCAAGGAGCUGUCUCAGAGCCAGAUCCAGCACUAUAUGAAGGAGCGGGAACAGAUCCUCAGCGACAAGAUCUUCAAGAGCUCCGCGGCGGCGGUGGCGGCUCGGUUGAACGGCUCCUGUCCCGGCAGCAAGCCCAAAGUUUUCACCUGCGAGGUCUGCGGCAAGGUGUUUAACGCGCACUACAACCUGACGCGCCACAUGCCCGUGCACACCGGUGCGCGGCCGUUCGUGUGUAAAAUCUGCGGGAAAGGCUUCAGGCAGGCGAGCACACUGUGCCGACACAAAAUCAUCCACACUCAGGAAAAACCGCACAAGUGCAACCAAUGCGGGAAAGCCUUCAACCGCAGCUCCACCCUCAACACGCACACGCGCAUCCACGCGGGAUACAAACCGUUCGUGUGCGAGUUUUGCGGUAAAGGAUUUCAUCAAAAAGGAAACUACAAGAACCACAAGCUGACGCACAGCGGGGAGAAGCAAUUCAAGUGUUCGAUCUGCAGCAAGGCGUUCCACCAGGUGUACAACCUCACCUUCCACAUGCACACGCACAACGACAAGAAGCCCUUCACCUGCCCCACCUGUGGCAAGGGCUUCUGCAGGAACUUUGACCUGAAGAAACACGUCAGGAAGCUGCACGACCCGGCAGGCCCGCAGUCGCCGGCCCAGGCCUGAGAGACGCUGCCCUCUGACCUCCACCCCAGUCCUGAGACAGACUCACGAUGGUCUGUCGGUGCCAGCGAGGAGACUUUCCAUAAGCAGUAACUCCUGACCUCAUAUUAAUAAUCUGUCUGCUUUGCUCCCUCACACCAGUGACUUGCUCCCUGCAGUGACUCAGUUUGUCACUUUGAAUUAUUAAUCGGUGUCUUAACAUCGCUGACUUCAUGUGGUCCCUAUCUCUUGCUCUUCUGCAGCCACAAACUCAACCACAAAAACAACCAGUUUGUCAUCAUCUGGCCCCUAAAUUAGUUUCCUUGAAUCACUAACCCGUCCUCCGAUGACUUGACCCCUUAUGUUUUUGUGCACAGCUAUGAAAUAAUCCAAAAUCUUUCUGAUCCUUCUUACUUUUAUUUUUUUGACACAAAAUCUCAUUAAAUUAUGAAUAAUUUUGUCUAAGUGCUAAUUUGUGUACUCAAUAUGGUGCCUUCAUUCCCUCACAUUAGUUAUUCUUACCCUUAAAUUUACAUCAGUAUUUUUCUUGAGUUCUUUUAUCGCUAACUUUCUUUGGCCUCUGCUUCCUUCUUGCAUGUCUGCAAAGUUAAAGCUGUGUUUUUAUGAACUGAAUUCUGCAAAACCAAGACAGUUUAUGUCCUUUGUGUUGUCUGAGAAUUUUUACAACCAGAGGAAUUUUCCAAUCUAACUAUACACACGAAUUUUGAAGAAUGAUUCUGAUAGGUUUUUUUGUAGAUUUAUCGUUAAAUGACCUAAAUAUCUACAAAUCAUGAAGCCAAACAUGCUCCAAUUACAAAUCAUUUUCUCAGAAAUACCAAUCUGUGUGUUUCAUGGUGCUUUCUUCCCUCCUGUGUACCACUGAAUUGCUUAUUUAUGUUCUUUAAAUCAAUAAUUACGACUCUAAAAUCACUAAAUCUUGUUCUCACAUGACUUAUUGCAGCUCUGUACAGUUUUUAAAAAACUGAAGUCAAGUUUUAUGAAGCAGGUGCAAAUAUGAUCCAAAAAUUGAGAGCAAAACGCUGGCUGUGUUAAGUCUGAGUGUUUUUAACCAUCUGAGCAAAUACUUGAAAAUACACGGGUUGAGUUUUGAAGGCUAAAUGUCUUUAAAUGUGACUGUAUAAAAAAGAAACUAGAUCAAAUUAGAAUGUAAUCAUGAAGUAGUGUUUCUCCUCCAGCCCUGGUAGCGUGUCGACCACGAGGAUGAACCUGGUAAAAUAUACAUAUGAACAAAUAGAAUGAGUAAAAAAUAAAAUCAGAGAAUUGACACAGAUUUUCUGGUUUGCACUGGGAAAAUGUGUAUUUCAAAGAGUGUGGUGUCAGACCACAGGAAAGUCCCUGAAGAGAAGUCAAAGCUAAAACAUUGUGUUUAACAGACAAAGGCUGAAGCAUAGCCACAGUGUUCGGUCAGAUCAAGGCCAAAGUUAAAUCCAUAUUCAUGCCUGACUUUCAAGAAAAAGACCUUUUAGAAUGAAACAAUUUGAAGGUUCAAACUGUGGGAUUGCAGGAGCUUCUGUAAACAAGUACACUGAGUGAAAAAAGGGAGAAAUUUGUCAAAAAUGCUGCACCUGAAACACAUCUGUUUGUACAUUAGUCUAAAUGUUGUUUUAAAGGAGCACUCCACAGAUUUUAGUCUUGCACUUCCAUAAAACUGGGAGAGUUGCAAGAGAGAGAAAUGCUAAAAACAUCUGAUCCUACAUUUCUCAUGAUGCAGUGGACUCCAGGCUACUCAUUAGAGCCUCCUGCAGAGCCACUGGAGACUAGCAUGCUCAUUUUCAUGUGUAAAUUGAUGGAGUUCCCUUUUAAAUCGUCACCACUGGGGUUUCCUUACUGACACAGGUGACAAGCACCUGUGUCGAACCUUGUACAGAGUGUGACUUUGUCUAAUCCCAGGAGACAGUUGACAAUCCUCACAGCAGAAACAACAUGUGGACUGGUGACGUCAGUGGUCCUGUUUAAAGAGGACAUGUUCCCAUUAAAGCUAUGAAAUUAAACAGUGUUUUAUCAUAUUACAAUUAAAGUCGAACCCAUUUGCUUAUGUUCUAGGUUAGUUUAGUUAAAGUAAAAGAGGUCUGAUGAGUUUUUUGGUCUUUUUUGGUCACUUAAAUGUGAGAAGCUCAGAAUGUUGUUUUGUAAACACAAAUUCCUGCUAAUAACAAACAUUUGUGCAAAGUUCCCCAGUGCUCCACUCUGAAUGUGAAGCCCCUUCCUCAACGACUCUGCUCGCCUCUCAAGUCCGUUGACCCCUAACCUGACCUUUCCCCCUGAACUUGCAAAGAAAGCCACCAGGAUACUAUCUAACCCCUCUGGCCCUACAACAGCGCCUCAGCCCUGACCUCUGACCCCCUGGCAGCAGCCGUGAUGAUUGUUUGUCUCAGCUCAUUUUAGACGGAGGACAAACUCCUGCUCUCUGAUAAUUGGUCAGUUCUUACAUUACAGUGGUGGCUAAUUGUUGUAUCAUUAGCCAUCGGUAAUUACUAGUUCUGAUGAUUUUUCAGUAGAAUCUCAGGAUGUGAGACUGAUGGACCAGAGAUGUAGCAGAAGUGAAACAUCACAUCGGCUCAUGUUGGAUCGGAUUUGAUGGUCAA